UUUCACUCUGUUGUUGAUGUUUAAUCGUGUCUAUCUUCACACUGUGCUGAUUUUACCGCGUUGAUGUAGUUCUCGGAUUAAGGAGGUGGUAGAGGAUCUGUGCAGAUAUGACGCCUUCAAAGGAAGGCAUGACCUCCCUUAUAGAAAAGACCAUGAAAAUGCGGAUGGAUGAGCAGGCGCGGCAGGUCGUUCUGGCAUGGGGAGUGCUUAAUAUGUCACUGGCGGGAAUGAUCUACACAGAAAUGUCCGGAAAGCUUCUUAGCAGAUACUACAACAUAAACUACUGGCUUAUCUGGUAUAUCGAGCUUGGUCUGGCCUCUUUGUUUAGCCUUAAUGCACUUUUUGACUUCUGGAAGUACUUCAAAUACACCAUGGCUCCCUCCACGAUUGCCGUCUCUCCAGAGCAGCAUCAACUUCUGGGUCUUUCUUUUUCAGGGAUUCAGGCCUCUCCACCUCAAAAACAAGAGAUAAAGGAAGCACCUGUCUCGCCCCAAUCCUCGCCUUUGCAGGGACAAAAUGUCCUUAGUUUCAGUCCUGCAAGACCCUCCAGUGCCAGCCCCAAGUUUUCCUCCAGCUGUGUGUCUGGAUACAGUCCAUCUUUAAGCAGCCCUUCAUCAGCAGGGGGAACUUUCUCACCUUCCAUGGCCUUUGGGAAGGUGAUGAACUAUAGCCCAUCUCCAAGUUCCUCCCCCUACCCAAGUAACCUUGGACCGGUGGAGGGAGCCAGUCUGCGUGCGAGAUAUCGCACAUCUCCAUCUGUCUUUAGUUCGCCCGGAGGUAAGGAGGAUUACAUAGAUGAUCUGAAGACUUUGGGAAAGUUUCUGCGCUCAGAGGAAGAGAAAAGUCACCGUAGUCAACUGGGAAGUCCCGAGUCAUCAUCUCCAAGACAGAGUCCAACCUUCUGGAACUACAGUCGGUCAGUGGGAGAUUACGCACAGAGCCUGAGGAAAUUUCAAUACCAGCCCGCAUGCCGUUCACAAGCCCCAUCUGCCAAUAAAGACGACACAGAGCUGGGAUCCAAACAGGCUGCGGAAGAGGUAUGGGCAAGAAUCACAACCAGCCGUAUGGUGACGGAAAGUAUUGACAGCUGGACUGCUAAACUGAGAAAUUGGAUAAACGACACCAUUCUGGUACAUCUGGUGAGAGAAAUUGACUCCGUAAACAGUCAGCUGAGAAGACUGGGCUGCCCUGAGCUCCAGAUUGGGGAGGCCAGUAUCAGCAGUCUCAAACAAGCUGCUGUGGUCAAAGCCUCUAUAAUCCCCACCCUCAAUGCGAUUGUUCAAUAUCUGGACAUCACGGCUAAUCAGGAGUAUCUUGUGGACAGAAUUAAAGAAUUGGCCCACAGUGGUUGCAUGAGCUCUUUCCGCUGGAACGGUGGAGGAGAUUUGAAAAAUCGGAAAUGGGACACAGACCUUCCAACAGACUCUGCUAUCCUGAUGCACUUGCUGUGUACAUAUCUGGACUCCAGACUACCUCCACAUCCUAAAUAUCCUGAUGGGAAAACCUUUACAUCACAACACUUUAUACAGACACCAGAUAAACCAGAUGUGUCCAAUGAGAACCUCUUCUGCAUCCAUCAAAGCAGCACAACCCCCCCUCAUUAUCAGCUUGUCUAUCAGGGUCAUAUCUACAGCUUACCAAAGGGCAGAAAUAAUUUGUUUCAUACCAUCCUCAUGUUCCUCUACAUUAUUAAAACCAAGGAGUCUGGCAUGUUGGGGAGAGUGAAUCUCGGCCUAUCAGGGGUGAACAUACUGUGGAUCUUUGGUUGACGUUAACACAGCAAAAUUAGAAACCAUAAGAACCAUUCUAAAACCAUAAGACUUUGCCACUAAGAGGAAAACAUUGCAUGCUGUAUUCCUUGCAGCCUGAAUGCACAUGCAAAUUAAGCACAAAACGUGUUUUUAGCUGUACAGAAAAUGUUUUAAACGCAAAUAUUUAUGGCUUGAAAAGGUGUCAAAAUGGAUCUUGUAGCUCUGGAUUUUGUACUGUAUCAAAUGUUUUUGUAUUUAAUUUGUCAUACAAGCUUCAAAGUUAUUUUUGAAUUGAAUGUGUAGUACAGUGCAGUUUUAUAUAAAUGCAGAUUCAUCCAUCAGGCUAAUUGGGGGUUGGUGGGCACUGCAGGAUUUACUUGUAAUACAGUAGAAAAUGUUUUUUUCUUGUGCCAAGAAAGAAAACUAGUUUAUCAUAAGCAAGAGUUUGUGCUCAGCAUAGAUACAUGUGAGCACCACAUGCGUAACUCUCCUUAUGAAGGACAUACAAGUCUGAAAAUAGUUUGGUGUAGUGAUGUUCAAAUACUUUACAUCGAAGGGCCUUUAAAAUAUACAAAAGAGUUUGGAGAGCAGGUUACCUUGAUUUUGAAUGCAAAUUAUGACAGCAGCAACAACAAAAACUUUUAGUAUUUUGUUAUUGUGCCUGAAAUGCCUUGAAACCUUGGAAUGAGUCUGCUCUUGUCUUUUUGUUAAAAGGAAUAAAUGCUUGAAAUUGUU